GCGGGGCAGGGGCAGUGGCCAGAGGCAGCGGGCAGCUACCCCAGAAGUGCCCCGGGGCUCUGCAAGGGGCUGCAGGCGCCCCCUGGUUCCCCUCGGAGCCGUUCCAAGAGCACAGCGGGCCCUGCAGGAAAACCCUUCUCAGGACUCUGCUUCUGCGCAGCCUCAGGCUUUCCUUCCCUCGCCCACAGCAGCCCUGGAUCAAGGCCAGAGCCGGGGCCCAGGAGGCGCCGCCAGGGUAGGGAUGGGGGGUGUUAGAAAGGACGGUUAGCAGGGCCUCCUCGCUGCCCUGAACAAAUUACUUAAAUCAUGGCCAAACAAAUACCUUCAGGACUUCCUAAGACCGAGGCUGCUUCCCCACAUAUGGUACCAGCAGCUUAUGUCCAAAGUCAGCCCGGGUACCAGAGGCCUGGUGACGCUGCACAGAUGCCCUGGAUGCCCGUACCACCAGCUCACUUGAACUGCCCACCUGGACUGGAAUAUUUAACCCUGAUAGAUACGAUACUGAUUCACCAACAAGUGGAACCUCUGGAACUCUUGACAGGUUUUGAAACUGCUAACAAAUAUGAAAUUAGGAACCGCCUGGGAGAGAGAAUUUACUUUGCAGUAGAAUAUAAUGAUUGCUGUACUAGAAAUUGCUGUGGAUAUAGUAGGCCUUUCACCAUGAAGAUUAUGGAUAAUAUGCGACGAGAAGUCAUAAUUCUGGAGAGACCAUUAAGAUGUAACAGCUGCUUUUGCCCCUGCUGCCUUCAGAAGAUAGAAAUCCAAGCUCCUCCUGGUGUACCAAUCGGUUACAUUAGUCAGAAGUGGCACCCGUAUCUGCCAAAGUUUACAAUUCAAAAUGAGCAGAAAGAGGAUGUCAUGAAAAUUAUCGGCCCGUGUCUUAUGUGCAGCUGCUGUGGAAAUGUGGAUUUUGAGAUUAGAUCACUUGAUGAAACAACUGUGCUUGGCAGGAUUUCCAAGCACUGGUCUGGGAUUUUGAAAGAAGUGUUUACAGAUACUGAUGACUUUGGGGUCUAUUUUGCCUUAGACCUUGAUGUUAAAAUGAAAGCUGUGAUGAUUGGUGCUUGUCUUCUCAUCGACUUCAUGUUUUUUGAAGACAAUGUAUUCCAGGGACAAAAACUAUUCGUGUGUUAGAGGAUUAAUUAAAGUUGUCUCAGAAAAUUUGAAGUCUGUACAUUGAUUGGAAUGAUCUAUGACCUGGUGUAUAAAAUAAAUUGAAAUGU